AAUAGUGUCAUCCGUACUACAUGAGUCUGCGUGUCAGUGGUGGGAGGGCGGUAGGGUCGUGCUGCAAGAUAGCGCCAAGUUUUCUUUUGUGCGUUGUUUCCAUAUAUUGAAUAGAUGAGUAAUGUCCAAGGAAACGUUUUUAGCUGUACUCUGAGGCAUGGAGCUAACUAGUCAACGCUAUACAACGCACACAGCGAACGAGGAUGAAUCUUAAGCUAAAAACAUGAAGAUGAUAUCGUUCCCUUCCUGAGUUUCAUCACGAUUUGCCUGACUACCGAGACUAGAAUCUUCGCAAAGGCUCUUUCCUCCCAUUAUCAGCUGAAAUAUUCGACCUCAAAUGGAGUAAGGCCGCAAAUCAUUAAAGAAGCACAAGGUGUUUUUCGCGGCUUCAGAGGUACUUCAGCCAGGGACACCAUAAAGGACCUAUACACUCCUUCUUAUGGUUUUCCCGGAAGUUUAAAGGCAUUUUUCGCAGCUUCAGGGACCUCAGGGACACCACAAAGGAAGACAAGAAGAUGAAGUGGUAAAGAAAAACGCCCCUCACCGUGAUGGCCACCGAGGAGAGACACGUGAACCUCCAGCAGAAGGGGGAGACCCAGGAGAGGCUAGGACUGUCACUGGACAAGCUGGAGCAGAAAUAUGAACAGGCCUUGCAGGAAUGGGAAAGACUCGCGACUUUGGAGAAGGAAGUUGUUGGACCUACAAAGAGAAGGAAACAUCUGCCUAAGCGACUGCCAAAGCUGGAUAUUGUAAGUGGCACCAGUGACAAUGAGUUGCCAGACCAGGCCAUCAGAGAGCAGCUGGCAAAGGCACUUAGUGAGUGUAGGGCAGAAGAGGUGAUGGUCAGGGCACUGGAAAGCACACUAGAAAGCCAGAAUAGGAGACUAGAGUCUGAGAGGAAGCAGCAGCACCAGUUACAGCAACAACUCCAAGCUAUUUUGAAUGAAAAAGAAGAAUUGCAGAAAUUGAUGCAUAAAGCAGAAAUACAUUUCCAAAGAGUAGCACCAGUUAUUGAAAAUGCUGAAAGGAGACUGGCAGACAAUGCAGAAAAGCUGAGAAAAAUUGAUGAGGACAUUAUGAAGAUCAGGAGAGAUGCUGUUGAGCUGCUGCAGAUCCACCAGGCGAGGCAUGAGGUGGAGGGGCAGGUGGAGGCCCUCAGUGGCAGCAUCACAGCCCUGCAGGAACAGAAAGCAGCAGCACUGGAGAGAAUGAGAGACUCCCAGGAAGAGGAAGUCAAACUUUACCACGGCAUGAAAGCUGCAAUCAAGAAGGUAUGUGUUCAGCACAGUGAAAAUCUAUUGGAGCUGGAAGGAAGGUAUGAAAUUCUUUGGUCAAAUGUUGAUCACUUACUAGACUGCUGUAAUAAGCUUCUGCAGCAGACCAGGCCUGAAGUGGAGGCUCUCAAAGUAGGGACUCACCACCAAACUGUUAAGUCAAGUGGAGCUCAGCAGAGUGUCAUUCUCUCUCAGGCUGACACAAGAGGAAAUAUUCUAAAAGUAACAUCUUCAGGUGCCCAGCCUAGUGUGCAGGUCAGUGACUCACAAACUGCUAUGCAUGAUAUAGUUUGUAAUGAAGAUGUUUCCUCUAAGAGCCAAUAUUGUAGUGCUUAUGAUGAAGCACAACUUUUAUCUGCAAAUACAGUUGGUGGAAAUGCUGAAAGAGUCCUCUGUGAAUCCAUCACUACUGAGGGGUCAGUUGGAGGCAGUCCUACAGCAGAUGACAAGUUAUCUGGCCCUUCUGAUGCCCACCCCAAUCUUUUACUCCAAGAUCAAAUUACAUCAGGGCACAGCAAACACUCUUCUCAAGAAUUGUUUAUUGUAAAGGCUGUAAAGACUGAAACUUCAGGAAAUUCAGUCUCUGUGCUUAAUGAUACUUAUUAUCCUACUAAUAUUAUCCAUCAGAAUGACCAAGCCAUGACUGUUAAGGUUCCUGUUUCACAAGGUUACAGCACAACUGCCAUCUCCCCAUUACCAACAGUCAUUUACAUGCAAAGCAAAUCUCAUAUUCCACCAAUGUCACCAGUUCACACUCUUAGUGCUUGUCACAUAGAAAGCAUAACAAUAAAUGAACCAACUUUUCCUUUACUCCAAAAGGAGAGCUAUAAGGACAAGGAUACAGUUUUGGUUAUUGAUGAAGUAAAUGAAGAAGAAAUUGAUGUCUAUACAGAUCAAGCAGAAGAUUCACCCCAUGUUGCUACAGAGCUUAAGUGCAAUAUUAUUACAACAGCAGCUUCUAUUUUGGGACAUUUGCCACAAAACACUGUAAUUAUAGUGACAGAGAGAAAAUCAUCUUCAGUGCCUGACAAUUGAAUUAACCAGCUCCUACCUCACUGACUUAACAACUGUUUGGGCAUUGGUUUCUGAGUAUGUUGUUUUCAUUUGACGAGAUGAUCGUGAGUCCAUUGGAUCAUCAUGCAAUGUUUAAUGACAACAACAUUGUCGGUAUUAUUGAUAGAAUAGAGGAAAAGUAGGCUGAUGCAUAUGUAACAGAAUAUCAAGGGAAAACCACUGAAAUUUCUGAUAUCUUUAUCAUGAGACUAGUACAUGUGUGUAAAAUCAACUGUUUAACCUUGGAAACACAGCACCACCUUAUCCAGUUCUCAGCAGAAUUAUCAAGUAAGGGUUUGAUUGGAAUGAGAUGAAUCUCCUGUACCUAGAUACUGAUUUAACACUAGAAAUACAUAAUCCUCAAUUUACCAUUGACUAUGAGAGAAGGAUGACAGACGACUUAGUAACUACCAUUCCCUGCUUUACAACUGCCAGUAAUGAGAACACUUUUUGUAAAAGAAGAUACUGAGUUUGAAAGGAGUCAUGUUCUGAGAUCACCCUCACUGCCUUGUAAACAUAUAUAUAUAUAUAUAU